AUGCGACAGGGUGAUACAAUCCCACCUAAAAUAUUCACGGUCACUCUCGAAAACGCAAUCCAAAAGCAAGAAUGUGACGACAUGGAAGCUAAGGUUGGUGGUCGGCAGCUAUGCCAUCUGAGUUUUGUCAAUGACAUCGCCCUGAUACCAUCUAGCAUCAAAGAACCGAAACAUAUGCUGGCCGAAUCCAAGAUCGAGGCGCGUGGACGCAUUAGUCUUAAGGUGAACGACGAAAGACGGUGA